GCGAGCCUCUGCCUGGCCCUGGGGCCACGGCCACGCCCCAGCCCGCCUGUUGAGGGAACAGAACUUUCCCCUGGCCAGAAGCGGGGAGAAAGGGGACGCACGUAGGGGGCCCUGUGGGACCCGGUGAUGACAGGGUGUCAGGCUCACUGGAAGUGACCAGGCCUGGGGAACAGGUGAGGCAUGGCGCAGGUGGAUGGGGCCUCCUGGCCCGGGGCUGCCCUGGGCCAGGCCUGCAUCUUCAAGCUGGUCCUCCUGGGCAGUGGUUCUGUGGGCAAGUCCAGCUUGGCUCUCCAGUAUGUGAAGAAUGAUUUCAAGAGCAUCCUGCCGACCGUGGGAUGUGCGUUCUUCACAAAGGUGGUGGAUUUGGGGGCUGCGUCUCUGAAGUUUGAGAUCUGGGACACAGCUGGCCAGGAAAAGUACCACAGCGUCUGCCACCUCUACUUCAGGGGUGCCAAUGCUGCGCUUUUGGUGUAUGAUGUCACCAGGAAGGAUUCCUUCUGCAAGGCUCGGCAGUGGCUGAAGGACCUGGAGGAGGAGUUCCACCCGGGAGAAGUCGUGGUGAUGCUGGUCGGCAACAAGACGGACCUCAACCAGGAGCGGGAGGUGACCUUUGAGGAAGGGAGGGAGUUUGCAGAGAGCAAGGGGUUGCUGUUCAUGGAAACUUCGGCCAAACUGAACCACCAGGUGACUGAAGUCUUCAGUGCUGUCGCCCGAGAGCUUUUGCAGAGACAAGAGAAGGAGGGCCAGAGGCAGCAGGGAGAUGCACAGCUGGCUCUGAAUGAGACGCCCCCGGGGCGGGGCAGAUGCUGCGCCCGCUAG